CAAAAACCCCACUAUAAACCAAACAAAUAAAAUAAACAGAGCACCCAAUUAAACAAACUUCAAACAACCACACAUACCCAUCUUCAAAACUCCACCCAAACAAAAAAAAAAAAAAUUGAGACCAAAAAUAAAAAUGAACUCAUUUGAAGAACCAAGAACACCCAACAAUGUGAUAAACACAAAAAACGACAUUUCGACCAAACCGAAAUGGCCAUCUUCAAGAAGAACUCCAUCUCUUUCGUCUUCACCAUCUCUCUCCUCAAACUCAUCAUCAUCUUUUAGAUCCUUCUCCCAUGAAGAUUCCCCUCCUCCUAGUCCACCUCACAGAAUCCCAUUCUCUUGGGAAUCAAUCCCAGGAAUCCCAAAACAUCAGAUUAUCAAAAGACUUGAUUCUUCUAGGAAAUCAAAAUAUCUUCCCCUGCCUCCAGCUGCUGCCCCUGUUUCCGCUACUACUAAAUCAAUUUCAAAUUACAAGAAAAAUCACAUUAUUUGUACGAAAGAUCCUUUCUUUGAUGCAUUAGUCGAGUGUUCCAAAGGUGAUAAUGACGACGAAGACGAUAAGGAAGUGUUUGGGAGCAUCUUCAAAGGUCCUGCUAAGAGUUUAAGCCAUAGAUUGGGGUUUGUCAAUUUAUCUUGUAAAAAUACUUGCUCUGUUUCUGAGUCUUUGGUUUUUCUACCAAGAGAACAACCUAGGAGAAUUUCUUACGGCUUGGUCAAAAAACGGGCCGGGUAAUUUUUUGUGGAUUUGGGAAAUAAUCAUGAUCACAGGGACAAAAAGGUAAUAUUUUUAUUAUUACUAUUUUGUUACCCUAGGUUAUUGUAUAAGUUGCAUGGUUUUGCUUAAAUGUGAGUUUUAAAAUUUCUAUAUAAUAUACAUAUUGAGAAUUUGAGAUGUGUGAAAAUGUGAUCGAAGUUUGAAAUUGCAUUGUAUAUAUUAUCAGGACUCCAAAGA